UCCAAUAUGGGGUGGCCACUGCGGGUGGGUCAGAGUUGCUGGUGCAUCAAAUCCAACUAUUACUUGAGAGCAACGAGGAUUGGGUAGUGUUAAAAACGGAUGUCAGGAAUGCCUUUAAUUCAAUCAACAGGAAUCACAUGAUCAACCAAGUAUUUGCAUCUUUUCCGGACAUAGCAUUUCAUGUGUUUAAGAUGUAUUCAGGUUUUGGUGAUCUGAUUGUGUCAAAAGGCUCCUCUACUGUAAAAAUAUCGUCACAGGAAGGAGUUCAUCAAGGAGAUCCUUUGGGACCUGUGUUAUUUUCCAUUGCAAUACAUCCUCUUCUAUUGAAGUUACAGUCUAAUCAAGCAGGGAUCAUGGUAUUGGCUUACCUGGAUGAUAUAUUUCUUCUUGGUCCACCAAAUGAAGCAAUGGUGGCCUUUGAGAAUCUGAGGUCUGAUUUCUCCAGUAUUGGUUUAGAAAUAUCAAGCAGCAAGUGUGAGGUCUUUUCGUCAUCCUCAGGCAUCAAACUUCUCGGAGAUCAAAUUUCAUCUAUUCCGACUACAUCCACGGGAACUACAAUCCUUGGGGUUCCUAUUGGCUGCCCAUCAUUUAUUCAGUCCCACUGUUCAUCAUUUGCUGACUCUGGAAACCUUUUGUGUGACCAACUGGUCGAGCUUGAGGAUCCACAGAGUGCGAUGCUUUUACUCAGGCAUUGCCAUGUUCCUAGAAUGACACACUUGGCAAGCUGGGCUAAUGCACUGUCGACAUUACCGAUUCGAUUCCCAGCUAUGGAGAAUCAAAUUAAUGAAAUCAUUUUUGGAGAUGGUGCAGAUGGUUCUAUUAGAUCCGAGUUACUUCGAGCAAUUCCUCCUGGCAAGAUUUUUACUGACUUGCUAGAGGACACUAAGAGACUACAACAAAAAUUAACUCGUCAACACAUGACUUUUGCUACUGCCCACAUGGUAGAAAACACUGCUUCGCCCAGAGAUGCGGCUCGCCUUCGCUCUCUAGGUGGAAAAGGUGCUGGCUCCUGGCUUAACACGAUUCCAGAAUCAGCAAAAUUCGCACUCUCACCUUACGAAUUCCGUUUGGCGUGUUUGCUGAGAUUGGGUCUAUCUUUGCCGGCUGUCAGAUGGAUUGAGCAGUGUGAUUGUGGAACUGCAUUAGACGAAAUGGGAUACCACUUGCUGACUUGUAAGAAGGGUGGUGGGCCUGUUUGGUCACACGAUUCGAUAGUAAGUGAAUGGGAUGACUGUUUGCGGCAGCUGCAGAUUCACCACAAAAAGGAACCGAGGGACAGAUACAAUGAUAGCAACAACAGACCGGACAUCGCUGUCUUUGAUGUUGGCUCUGGUGCCAAUGUGGAACUAGAUGUAGCCCUUUCACAUCCAUGGGCAUCGGACAUUGUGAGUCAGGCUGCUGAGAAAGACGGGGCAGCAGCAGCAAGAAGAGAGGACAGGAAGACAAAAAAAUACAGUGAGCUAAAGCUCGCUGGAAUGUCUUCAAUGAGAUUUGUUCCCCUCGUCAUGGAACACUUUGGUCGCUGGGGUGAAGAAGCCACAAACUAUCUACAGGAACUAUCUCGCCGAUCAUGUGAUGAUGCUGUAUAA